UGGGGCAGUGUUUGGGGGGUGACCCCGGGACUCCCGAGCGUUUUGGGGGGGGCGAAGCCUCCCGGUGACCCCGCCCAGCCCCCGGUGCGCGGCCAAAAGCGGCGGGAGCGGAGCGGGAGGAGCCGAGCGGCCGGUGAGUGCCGAAGCGAGGCAAGCGACCAGUGAGUGCCGAACCGAAUCGAGCCGAGCCGAGCCGAGCAGCCGCGAUGGCUGAGGAGCUCAGUGAGCUGCUGAGGGAGUUCGACGAGGUCAUGGAGGACUUUGAGCGGGGCCCUGUGAGUCAGUACCAGCAGCACCUGCAGGAGCUGAAGAGGAAAGCGGGACAGAGUGUGUAUGACAGUGGCAUCGAUGAGCUGGAGAGUGCCAGCACGUCCCCAGGAAGCAGCCUCAGCUCCAGUGAGGAGCACCUCAACACCCCAGCUGACACUUACCCCACCAAAGCAAAGCUUGGAGACACGCAGGAGCUGGAGGAGUUCAUCGCAGACCUGGAUAAAGCCUUGGAGGAGAUGUGAGCCGUGGAGUCUGCAAGGAGCAGCCCCAGCCCUAAGUGUCCCUGCUGCUGCCUCUGCUUCUGCACCCCAGCUGGGGAGGGGACAGCUCCUGGGCCAUGCUGGGGACAGGGACGCCCAUCCUGGGCACGGAUCCAGCUGUGGGACCACGGUGCAAAGCCCUGCCAGCGCCAGGAGAGGACAGCCCUGGAUGGGCACUGGGGACCCAAGGGGUUUGUGGGGAGCUGGGCCACUCUUGAAGCCCCAGCAUGGUUUUGGGGCAGAUCAGCUUGCAGGACUCUUGCAGGAAUCUGCCGCUGCUGACCCUUGCUCUGCAUGGGGAGCCCCAAAUCGGGCCCCUCUCUGCCCCCCAAGUGCCUCUGUCCCAGCUGCUGCUGUAAAUACUGUAACAAAGAUAUUUUGUGCUGUACAGAGGGGACGUGGUUCUGUGAACACGAUUUUAAAGCUC